GUCAGAUGUAUCAAAUUCAAUGAAUACAAAGAGCAUACUGAUCUGGCUAUCUCAUCAGACAGGUCUAGAAGGUUCAGUUUGGACACUUAUUAUCGUACUCUUUUUCCUACUCUGGCUACUCCAUGGAAAGUGGGACAAAUCAGAUGAUUGGGAGGAAACGAUUUAUCCAGUACCUGAUAUGCACUUGAAUAGUUGGGAGAUACUUUUACUGUGACAAAACCAUUAAUUUUUGUGAACACAUUGAAGAUGCACAAUGGGUUACUACUGAUUAAAGCCGCCUAUGCUGCACAAUCUAGACCAACGCAGACAUGUAAAUAAUUAGGUGAUAUACUAGUGACCAUUACCCCACAUAAAACUUUGAAUGGGGUCCAAGGAAUCAUCUUACAUAAAUACAUUACACUCCAGACAGAUGAGGAACUAUGGGCAAAUUUCGAAUGGCAAGGCGUACGUUUCGUCUAGCACAUACGAAAAUAGUCCCAAGGAAAAUCUUACAGAUACACCCAUUCUCAUUUUAAUUUUUGAAGAAAAUCUCCUAAGAAAAGUUAGUCAUAGGGUACAGGUGUGACCCACCAGCCAUGAGGUGCUUCCGAAGCGUACACAUUAGUCAUAUGUCAACCUGCUGCACAGCAGAUCCAAAGUGUGGAAACAGCAGAUGGUCACUCCAAGAAGCUACUCGUGUGGAUAUGAAAAAGCAUUUCAAGAGUAUGCUAAUAUAAUACAGCAGAAGUAUCCCCAUAUUCGUGUUGAGGGAGAAAAUUAUCAGCCUCCCAGAUUAAGUCUGGUUAUAUCUAGGAUACUGUCUGUUUCCAGACUUUCCCUCAUAUUUUUAAUUAUUACUGGUUUCAACAUCUUUGAAAUAUUUCAAAUUGCUCAACCAGUAUGGUGGUCAUGGUGCAUUGACAAUAAGAUUUAUUCUUCCAUGAUGGUGUAUUUUAUGUGCAAUUCAUUUGAAAGCAUGCUGAUGUCCACUGGAGCUUUUGAAAUAACAUUUAAUGAUGUUCCGGUGUGGUCAAAAUUGGAAACAGGAAGAAUACCGCAACCUCCAGAACUCUUCCAAAUAAUUGAUAAUACAUUACAGUUCCAAAAUAAAGCUGACCUAAAACCUAACUUUCCUAAAUAAGUUUCAAAACCUGUUGGAAGAGUGUUGUGCCACAGCCCUGUGAAAUGUAUUUUAUAAUGUUAUUUAACAACUGUGAUACCAUUAUAGAGUGUGAACAUGUUUAUGUUACCUAAGAAGACUGUGUUAAAUGUGAAAUAUUUAUUAUUUAUUUUGUUGAGAGAUUUAUAUACAAUAGAUAAUACUGUGUGUGUGUGUGUGUGUGUGUGUGUGUGAAGAGAGAGAGAGAGAGAGAGAGAGAGAGAGAGAGAAGAGGGUAUAUUUAAAUAUGCUAAAACAAAAUACGAUAGCAUUAAAUCAGUCUUGUCUAAUGCAUUAUUUAAAUGGACCACAUAAUAUUCACUUCUGCUAGAAUUAAUUUUUCUUUACAUUUGUGUCACUAUAUCAAGUAUUGUUUCAAAUACAUUCUGUUUUCAUUACUCAGUACAUUUGCUAGUUAUUUUUAUACUUGUAAAAUAAGCCAUUUCUUCAAAAUUGGGUAUGACCUAUUGUACGUAAUUACAGAAGGAAGAAAAACAGACAGCCAGAUUUUGAAACAUUGACAGUAACUGAGUAAAGUUGUAAUGAAAAGUAUCAUCUACAUUUGGGAGGGUUAUGGUUCAGGUCCCUGGCCUGCCAACAAGGUUUAGGUUUUACAUGGUUUUCACCAGGCUGUUGGUUUAAAUGAGUACUUUAUUAAGCACUGCUAGAUGGUUCCAAGUGUGUGCACAUUCCCAACUUAUGUUAGUAGGCGCAGCUGAGAAUGUGCAUACAGCUGAAUCCGGGUAGUAGAGCAGCCUGGUGGAAACAAUAUUGUUCUUUAAAUUUGUUGUGGCUGUGGAGCCCACUCUUCAAUCAAAUUUCUGAGUAAAUAUCUGAGCGGUGUUUGUUUUGUUAGACAUUACUCAGAUAUAUACAUCUCUAAAACAGAGGGCAACGGCUCCUCAGCCUUUGUUUUAGUGUGAAUGCACAAUCAUUGUCCAAACUCCUGUGGGAAAAGGAUUUGUGAGUAGAGGUUAAUGGGCAAGGAAUGCCUGCAAUGCAGCAAGCAACAAGUUGGAAAUUUGGUCAGUUGGCAGCCUUGUCUGGUUGGCCAAAGUGGUUAGAGUAAGGCACUCAUGAGAAAUAGUAAAUCUUGGUUUGAGUCGCAAUCUGGCACAAAUUUUCAACUUUUGUCAUUGCACUGUGCAGCUAGUUGUGAUGAUUUCCUGUUCGUCCUUUCCCUUCCCCCUUACUACAUUUCAUGUUUACAAAUUUCUAAGUGGUUUCUUUGAAAAGUACACAGCCAGUUUCUUUCCACAAAUUUGAGCUUAUGUUCUGUAUCUAGUGACUUAAUCAUUGACAAGAUGCUGAAAUCUCUUCUUCCGUACUUCCAAUGCAUCCCUGUUCAUGGAUAUGCCUUUCCAAACUUACUUACAUUCUGACUACUUGUAAAGCAGCAACUGUCAUUUGGAGGGGUACAAACAAGAAAUCACAGUUAAACUCAAUUUUCCCUACAGUAUAUUGACAAAAUAUGUGCAGUAUGGGACAUCUGUGUACUGAAACGUGAUAGUUCUUUUGGUUGGUGUAACUGUAAAAUGAAUAAAAACAUUUUUGGAAAAAGUUUCUGUUAAUGUCAACUUGAUUUGCAUGUCUAUUGUAUUUGCAUAAUAAAUAGAAAAACACUGA